AUGACAAAGGAGAAAAUAAAGAAUAUUUGGUUAAAGCACAUUAGAUUUAGUACUCUAUUAUGUCGAAGUAUAAAAGUUUUCGUGACAUCAAAGAUUGCACACGAGGCAACAUCGGCGAAGUCGAGUGACAGCCGGUGUGGCGAUGAGUCCGAUACCGAAAGCGAGCCGGGUAUUCCUUUGAAACGAAAACAACGCAGAAGCAGGACAACGUUUACAGGAGAGCAACUGGAGCAACUGGAGACAGCGUUUCAACGUGCUCAGUAUCCGGACGUCUACGCCAGGGAAGAGUUGGCCCAGAGGACAGGUCUCACGGAAGCAAGGAUCCAAACGAAACGUUUUUCGUUGUUCCAGGUAUGGUUCAGCAAUCGCAGAGCACGAUUGCGAAAACACGCUGGAAGCAUAGCUCAUUCGGUGGCGAGCCUACCUCUAACACCCUGCCAAUACGCCGCCAGUCACGAGCUCGCUCAAUUACCUCAGGUACCUCAAAUACCGUCUGGAAUAGCGCAAAUACCGACCACGUUGCACCACAGCCCGACCACGUUGCAACAAACGAGCGGCGGUGUUCACCAAGUGCCAGGAAGCAACGCGCAGAUGUCGGCCACGACCUCAGCCGCCCAGGUGCCCUCCACGAUCAGUAGCGCUCUUCAAGGGCACGCGGUGUCAAUCUCAGGCCACCUGAGCUCGUUGCAGGGACACGCGAUGCAGCUUGGACAGGUACCAACGAUUCAACCUCCUGCCGCUCAUGGGGCACCCACGACCCUUUCUCACAAUCCAGGGAACACCGAUUGGUCCAGGGCGCAACUCGGUUGGGGACAGUUCAAUCACUUCCAAGGUGAAUACACGUCGAGUCAUUCGAGUCAUCAGCAUUCCUCGCACGCGAGUCAUGCUGGUACACCGUCUUCUGGUACCGGGAAUUCUGCAUCGGCGGCGGAAUGGUACGAUCAGGGCUACGAUUAUUCCCAACACGCUCAGCUCAACUAUCAUCGAAGCGUGGGCGGCAUAUUUUAACGGGGCGAUGAUUGCACGGGCAUUAGUAAAAGUCAGUCAGGGGUAUCGGUCGAUCCCCGUCUCGUUCGUUUCAUGAAUUCACUUACGGUUCCACCAUCCUUCUCCGCCACUCAUCUUUCGUAAGUUAGCCAGGUUCCAAUUCU